AUGCGUCCGCAAGCUCUCUUCUGGCCGUUCUGGCCACUUGCCGGCUGUCUGCUCUUGCUACUGCUCCUUCCGCCCAGGACACUGGCACAGUGCAACGACUCCACCGAACCAGGGUGUCGGCACGGGAAGGAGGUGGGCAUUCCCCAGCGCCACUGCUUGGAUCCAACGAAGUACUGGCUGUGCUCUGAACUGGGCGCUAAAGCCAAGCUCAGGAACUGUCAGGCCAACACAGGAUUCGACCAGGAUAAGAAUGCCUGUGUGCCUUGGAUCGCAUGGGUGUGGCAGCCGUGUCAUGAGCCACCAAGUCGAGCACCCGGUUGGGUGCCUUGCUGAAACAUUAUCAUUUGUGGAAAGAGAAAAUAUAUUGUUAUAUAUUUUUCGCUAAUUUGCGCAUAUAAGCAUUAAAUGAAUUUUUUAAUUUACAAA